AUGGAUCCCGUGUCAGCGGCGGGCCUGGCUCUUGGUGUUGCAUCCCUGGGCCUGCAACUUCUCGUAACCGCUCUCGGCUAUGAAGACGACUGUAAACAUCUCAAUCUGCGCCUGCGCCUGGAGCAGCAGCGCCUCUUUGCCUGGAGCGAGACGUCCGGCCUGCUAGACGUGAAUUCGGAGAACCAGGAGCGCAUCCUAAACUCGAACGUCUUCCAUCUGCACCGCCAGACGGUUUUGGAUCUGCUGGUACAAGUUCAGUGCCUGUUUGACGAAUUCAUUGCGUAUCAAAACAAGCAUAGCAACUUGACUCCCUUUCGCGACGAUGGCGAGUUCCUGGUCUCCCCUGAGCUGGAUGCCAAGCAGGCCAGCUUCCCUAUAUCGGAGAAGAAGCGACUGUUUAUCAAAAAGGCAAUGAUGAACCUCAAGCAAAAGUCACAGGAGGGUUUGAAGAGAUUCAAAUGGGUGUCCUUUGAUAAGGAGGGGUUCGAGCAGCUGCUUGCCAAGUUUACGCUCUUGAACGACACCAUGAUGAAUAUCCUGGACCACUCGCUGCAGGUUGAGAUCCGCCAUACCGUUCAGGAUACAAACCGGGGCGUCUUGCUGCUUCACCACAAGAUUGCCGACCUCAGCCAUCUGGUGCUGGCCCUCAAGGAUCAGCUGGAAGUUAGGAACCUGCCUGGUGCGCCAUCACGGACGCGGCUAUCUAAGACCGAGAGGGAGGCAAACGUGGCCGAACUGAAGCAGCUUUCUCGGCUGGCAAAAUUCAAGGCUUUCAACGAGACCAUUGACCCAAAAUCGGAUACCCCAGCUCUGAUAGACGACGCUGUGGCGGGCUUUCUCGAGCUGGCCAAGCCGGGAGAACAGCGCCUUGUGCAACUUCCCAAGUAUCUCAUAGAACUGAACCCAGGCACGGAUGAAUCUGAGGAUCCACGGUGCGAAGCCAUUUUGAAGACUGCCGAAGGAAGAAAGAAGGUGUGGAUCGAAUGGAAAGACUACGAUAAUGCGGGCAACACCGGCUGCCUGUCCAAAGCAGAGAUUGUCGAUAGAGUGAGAAAGCUGGCCUGUCUACUCCACCACAGCCCCAAGCCAGAAGCCUUCCGGACACCUCACUGCAUUGGCUUCUUCGACAAAGCAGACCCCGACGUUCCAGACGACGACGUCGACAUCUUGGACCGGCGACUGGGUCUGGUAUUCGAACGGCCAGACAGUCAAGAUGUGCAUGAUACUCUACCGCCCGUGUCUUUGCGAGAAUUGCUCCUAGACACUACAGUACGCAAGCCCAGAGUCACCGACCGCAUCAAGCUCGCGCACGCCCUCAGCAACUGUCUGCUCUAUCUCCACGCAGUCAACUGGCUGCACAAGGGCCUCCGCAGCCACAACAUCCUCUUCUUCAAGACAAAGACGGGCCACGUCGACUACAGCCAAGUCUUCCUCUCGGGCUUCGACUUCUCCCGCCCAGGCGGCUCCGAAGAGGUGACGGAAAUCCCCGGCUUCGACGCCGAGCACGACCUGUACCGCCACCCACGCGCCCAGUCCAACCAGGGCAAGCUGCGCGAGCGGUCCAAGAAGAGCUUCGACAUCUACAGCCUGGGCGUCAUCUUCGUGGAGCUGGCGCACUGGAAGCCCGUCGACGGCGUGCUCGGCAUUGAGAUGCGGCUCGCCAAGGGCCAGUCGGACGUGGUUCGGCAGGUGCGUGGCGAUUUGCUGGCCCCGGGGCGGGUUGCUGAUCUCGGGGCCGAGAUGGGCGAGAAGUUUGAGGAGGCGACGAGGCGGUGCUUGGUGGGUGAGCGGGAGCUCGGGCUGGAGCCGGGCGAUGAUGAGACGGCUGAUGAGGUCGCUUCGCGGCUCUCGGGGAGCUAUUAUGACGACGUGGUUAAGAAGCUAGCAGAGAUUGUAGUUUAA